AGCAAAGUAGGAAUUAAAGAGACUGAAGUGAACGAACCAUGCUGAAAUGCCGCUCGACUCGAAAAGCCUGCGACCGCCGAGACACCAAGAUGCCAGCGAGGAAGAGAGGAAGCCAGGACAGCGGCCCCGCGGAGGAGAUCGUGCUGGACCUAGAGUCGGGCCAGCCCCCGAGCCCCGGAGGCUCCCCGAGGACGAGGGACACCUGGGCCACCAAGUUGGAGUUCAUCCUCUCGUGUCUGGGGUAUGCCAUCGGUCUCAGCAACGUCUGGAGGUUUCCCUAUCUCUGCUACAAGAAUGGAGGGGGUGCCUUCUUCGUGCCGUACUUCACGAUGCUGUUCGCCUGCGGGAUCCCGAUCUUCUUCUUGGAAAUGGCGCUCGGGCAGUUCAACAGUUGCGGAGUUCUUUCCGUGUUCCGCAUCUGCCCCAUUUUCAAAGGAGUGGGAUUUGCGAUGAUCAUCGUGAAUAUUCUGGUCUCGGCUUACUACAAUGUCAUCUUGGCGUAUACCCUGUUCUACAUGGGCGUGGGAUUUUCUCCCAGGCUUCCCUGGGCCUCCUGCGAUAAUUCCUGGAAUACCCCCAACUGUAUCCAGUUCGACUAUGAUACGUUCCAGCUGAACAAUGCCACGAUGGCCAACGGGACCAGUUCCACCGAAGAAUUCUUCAGCAAGUACAUGCUGGAAAUCAGCGACGGAAUCACGGAAAGCGGGUCGUUCGUCUGGAAACUGGUCGUGUGCGUCUUCGUCUCCUGGAUCGUCAUCUUCUUCUGCCUCUGGAAGGGCGUGAAGUCCAUCGGAAAGGUGGUGUACUUCACGGCCACCUUCCCCUUCGUCAUGCUGCUGGUGCUCUGCAUCCGCGGGGUGACCCUGCCCGGCGCCUGGACGGGGAUCCUCUACUACGUCGUGCCUCAGUGGGACAAGCUCGCCGAUUUCAAGGUGUGGAGCGAUGCGGCGCUGCAGAUCUUCUUCUCGCUGGGGGCCGGAUGGGGAGCCACGAUCACCGUCGCCAGCUACAAUCCGUUUCACAACAAUCUUCAAAUGGACUCCAUUUUGGUGCCGAUCACGAACUGCUUGACGAGCGUGUUCGCGGGGUUCGUCGUCUUCUCCGUCUUGGGUUUCCUGUCGCACGCCACGGGGAUUCCCGUGGACCAAGUCGCCACUCACGGUCCGCAGCUGACGUUCAUCACGUAUCCGCAAGCAAUAGCGCUGAUGCCACUGGCCCCGGUCUGGGCUGUCCUCUUCUUCUUCAUGCUCUACACCAUCGGACUCGACAGUCAGUUUGCCCAGGUGGAGACGGUCAUAUCGGCUCUGCAGGAUGAGUUCCCCUGCCUGAGGGACCGGAAAUUCGUGGUCGCCGGCGGGUCCUGCAUCGUCAUGUUCCUCAUCUCGCUGCCCUGCGUCACCCAGGCCGGGAUGUACGUUCUGCAGCUUCUCGAUUGGUAUUGCGCCUCGGUGUCCAUCUUCUUGACGUGCUUGUGCGAGAUCUUCCUCAUUGUUGGCAUUUACGGAGUGAACAACUUCAUCCGAGACAUCGAAUGCAUGCUAAGGAAGUCCAUCAUGCCGUUCUGGAAGUAUUGUUGGGCCUUUGUCACACCCACGGUCCUCGUUGGAAUUUCCAUCACGACGGUGGUGUCGAACGGUCGCGUGACGUACGGAGACUACCAAUAUCCGGACUGGGCCGUGGGUUUGGGUUGGAUUGCAGCUUUCUCUUCCAUGAUCUGGAUCCCCGUCUACGCCAUCUACAAAGUCUCCUCCAGUCAAGGAACCUUCUGGCAGCGAUUGAAGGCGAGCGUCCGAUGCAGCCCGGACUACGGCCCCCUGCUGGACCAGGACAGAAAGGAAUGGAUGUUGAAGACCUACAAGGCGACCAGCGAGGUCGCUCGACCGACGCACCACCUGGCGAGAUCCAUCGCAACCCUAGGUUUCCUCCACGUCGCUGCAGAUGGCCACGAGUCUCCUUCCCUUCUCCAGCCCUUGUCUGGUACCCCACGCACUCCCAUGUGAUAUCGAUCUCUCCGGUAGGCACCAGGUGACCAAUGUCUCGAGUUACGUUCAUCUUCUGUGAGUAUCCCUCUGUAUCUGGGUAUGACGACGAAUUUAGAGAAAUAGAUCCAGUUGAAGCAU